UUUGACUCUAGCAGAGUAUCAUGAACAGGAAGAAAUUUUCAAGCUUCGAUUAGGACAUCUCAAAAAGGAGGAAGCUGAAAUACAAGCAGAACUUGAACGUUUGGAAAGAGUUAGGAAUCUUCACAUAAGAGAACUGAAAAGAAUAAAUAACGAAGAUAAUUCACAAUUUAAAGAUCACCCCACGUUGAAUGAACGGUAUUUGUUACUCCAUUUACUUGGCCGAGGUGGCUUCAGUGAAGUAUACAAGGCUUUUGAUCUUUAUGAACAAAGAUACGCUGCUGUGAAGAUUCACCAGCUUAACAAAAGCUGGAGGGAUGAAAAGAAAGAAAACUACCACAAACAUGCCUGCAGAGAGUAUAGAAUACACAAAGAACUGGAUCACCCGCGGAUAGUUAAACUAUAUGACUACUUCUCCCUGGAUACAGAUACGUUUUGCACAGUGUUAGAAUACUGUGAAGGCAAUGACUUGGAUUUCUAUCUCAAGCAGCAUAAAUUGAUGUCAGAGAAAGAAGCUAGGUCCAUUGUAAUGCAAAUUGUAAAUGCACUACGGUAUCUCAAUGAGAUCAAGCCCCCUAUUAUACACUAUGAUCUUAAGCCAGGUAAUAUCCUUCUUGUAGAUGGAACAGCAUGUGGAGAAAUAAAAAUUACUGAUUUUGGCCUGUCCAAAAUAAUGGAUGAUGAUAGCUACGGUGUGGACGGAAUGGAUUUAACUUCACAGGGAGCAGGAACUUACUGGUACUUGCCUCCAGAGUGUUUUGUAGUUGGCAAGGAGCCACCAAAGAUUUCUAAUAAGGUUGACGUAUGGUCAGUUGGAGUAAUCUUUUUCCAAUGCCUUUAUGGUAGAAAGCCAUUUGGCCACAAUCAAUCACAGCAAGAUAUCUUACAAGAAAAUACAAUAUUAAAAGCCACAGAAGUUCAGUUCCCUGUCAAACCUGUUGUAAGCAAUGAAGCCAAGGCCUUUAUCAGACGCUGUUUAGCAUACCGAAAAGAGGAUAGAUUUGAUGUCCACCAGCUGGCUAAUGAUCCUUAUCUUCUCCCUCAUAUGAGGAGAUCAAAUUCUUCAGGAAACUUGCAUAUGACUGGGCUAGCAGCAUCCCCUACACCACCUACUUCAAGCAUUAUUUCAUACUGAAAUUUCUCCAGCUGAGGAAUGGCAUGAUACCUUUGUGUUGUUUCGAGAUGCAGACUUGAGCUUGAAAGCAUUUGAGUGUUUUUACACAGGACAAGUUUGAUAACUGUGUUUUCAGACUGAAGUCCUCCUACAUAGCGUCAUUUGUAUGAUUGGAAUGGAUCAUGGACUGUGAAUAAAUGUACCCUUCUGAGAAAUACCAUUAAACAUUGAAGGAUGACACUGCCUGUUAGACGCUAGCAGGUAUACUGUGUUUGAGACUGAAGAAAAGGUUUUUAGUUUUUUCUGGGGAACAUUGUAAAUAAUCUUUUUAAUACUUAAAGUACAUUUGGUUGAUACUGGAAAGUUGGAACAUGAAGGGUAGUUUUUCAUUAUUUUAAAGAAAAAGGGUAGUGAGCAAAUUUGAAAACACAGAAAAAAUACUGUGCCUGGUUAUAAACUAAACAAACUGCCAUCUUUCCAAGACAUUGAUCUUUUAAAACCAAAGUAAAGACUGUGAGACGGUCAAAGAUAUGUUCUGUAUCAGAUUCCUCAGAUAAAAUUGUAGUAUUUUAUUUGGCAACUCAGGCUUGUACCUCCAAAAAUGUGGCGGUGUUU